AUGGAGGAAGAGAACCAAGCCACUACAACAGGAGACUGGAAGCGGAGGUUUCAGAGGGAAACAAAGGUCAACAAGGAACUCGGCCGACGGCUACGCGUAAGGAAAUGUCCUAGGUUUAAAUUCCUCGAGGACAAUUGCAGGCGCUUUAACCUUGUGGAUAAUGCUCCUCUUUGUGCGUCUGCCUCCUUACUGACGCAGGAAACGAAGCACCAACUUGAGGAAGAAAAACUGCGCUCUCAGGAGUUGGCUGCUCAAUUACGGCAUUACAAAAGACAUCAACAUUUAGACGAGAAACCUGAUAAACAAAAUGGCGUGUGUUCCAACUGCGAGCGACUCGAAGUAGAAAUCACCAGGCUCAAACGCAUUAUCGUCGAUGCAGGCUAUGUGACGAAGCAUGAACCGCUUUCCACCUCAAUUACGAUAACAUCCGACGGCAGUCGAUUUGAAAUUGAUGAAGCCACUCCAGAAAACCACUGCUCGGAAUUCGAAGAAGCAGAUACUAACGGAUUCCAAACACCAAAAGCAGAGUGCAAUUCGCCAGUGCUUCAUGAAAACCACUGUCCAUCAAGCCCCGUUAAACCGCUACCACCUAUUUCAUCUGCCCAAUCCGAGGAUACUUUACGGAUAGAAGAACCCGAGCCGGAUGAAAGCAACCAGACUGACGACGACUGCCACGUUUUCUCAGACAUUGACGACUCGUCCUUAGGUGAUUUAUUCAAGUACGCAGUUGUGUUGGCAGGACCUGCGCCUGCCAAGCCCAAGGUAAAACCACGGUUAUCCUUCACAGAUCGCUUCAAGCCUUUGGAACUUCCACGCACACGGAAUCCUCAAGAGAGUAUGGAGCAGAUUGAGCAUCAAGAGAGUCCAACCGAUAACUCCAGUCGUCCGCGAAGUGCACCCGUAGGGAAGAAGAAGCCAGCAUCUCCAAACGGAGGCAGUAUAUGGUCAUUGAAACGCCAGUCACAAGCAAUACAGGACGAGGAAAGAGUGUCAUCUCCGUUGAGACGAGCAGCAGCAGGAUUCUUUUCCAACCUUGGUUUGCGGAGUGGAGGCCCUUCCAGUGCACCAUCCACGCCCCCACUUCCUCCUCCACCAGCUCCAGUUAAGGCUAGCACUCCACCGCCACCUAGUCCUCCCCCAGCGUCCAAACUUCUUUGUGUAUACCCACCACACGCUGGAGAAGUGCAAGAACUCGAAGGUUUAUUGGAGAUCUGUUUCCCGUACGGAGAGGAGCCUCCUCUUACAAGAGAUUUCUCUCUUGCACAACUCAAGCGUUCACUACAAGAGCGACAUCGGACAUAUCGAAGCCCAGACUCCACCUUUGUAUUGACCAUCGCUAGUGCCAGUAACCCGACAGAAAUCACGUACGCUAUCUGCGUGCGAUGUCCAUUAUUUCCAGACAGAGAAGACGACGAUUGCGAGCCUGCAGAUUCGAAAUCUGGGGAAACACAAAUGCUAGCGGACGGGCCGACUCAGUGUUGUCUGUGUUUGCUGAGUCCGUAUCCGUUCUUCGGGUUAUUUUUCAAAGUGUUGUACGGCAUAGCAGUUCUCUGGAAUACGAAACGAAGAGAAGCUAUGACGGCUAAAAAGGAUAGAACAUCGGACAGUAUGACUACGAUGCUUGAGAAACCAUUGGGUAUGCUGGACUUUGUAGAAGUAUUUCAAGGUGUUAUGGAGCGCUUAAAGGAGAUGCAGAUCCCUUCGAUGGGUGGCUGGAGUCGUAUGGUUCUCUCACCGAAAGUCACACGCUUGGCAUUUCAUCGUCCACACAGUGAGAGUCUAGUGGUAGAGCGAAGACAUUUGCUACUGGAAUACGCAGCACCAACUCUUUUCGGUUUACUAUCAGUGGAUCAAGUACUGUUUUUGCUAGGAUGUUUGUGCUCUGAGCGGAAAGUGCUGGUGGUAUCCGAUCACGUUAAUAUCGUGAGUUCCUGUGUGCUUGCACUGAUCACAUUGCUCCAUCCAUUGCAAUGGGCUGGUCCAGUAAUUACAGUAUUACCACCGCGGUUAGAUGAACUUUUGGAAGCUCCUGUUCCCUUGAUCGCUGGACGGGUGUCGAUCAAGUGUGCUUCAAUACGGAAUUUCUCGACGCUGGAUCGGCCCAUGAAAGAUGUGAUCGAGAUGAACAUGGAUCAAAAUUCACUACAUAUGCAUGAUGAAGACUUGGUCACGUACCACGAGCUCAAACUCCCUGAAUGCGAUGAGUUGGUCCACGAGCUCGAGCCUUACUCGGCCUUGCUCUUUGGGAAGCAUGAGGCUCCUGACUUCCCAACUGUUCAGCAAGACGAAGCGUGCAAGAUAAUGUGCGCUAGGAUCCAUCACCACAUUGAGUCAAUCUGUGCUCUUGCAAUGGCGGAGAAGGACACAACCACUCUAAUCAAGGACGACUAUUUCGAUACGCAGUCGGAUCACGUUUCUUCAGCUGAUUCGUCUCCAUCAAGGGGGUCAAUCACUCGCUUAGGGGCCGAUAGACGCUGUAGUGCCAUGGUCGCAGACUACAUCAACCGUUUCCAAGGAACUCAAAUGUUCAGCAUGUUCAACCUACAGGUCCAGGAUGCACAGAACGAAAGUGACGAAGGUGAUAUUAUUGAUCGGGAUGACAGUGAGAAUGACGGACAUGUUGAGGAAGAGUAUCAUUAUAGCGGAAAUUAAAGUAGCAUGCUAAGUAAGCGUCUGAUAGAGAUUAGUGACGCUGAACUCAGAUAUCAGGAAAUCUAAUUCUAUCUUUU